CUUCCUGACAAGGUAUUUAUAAUUGAUGUUUGAUUUCUUAUGGACAAGGUAUUUACAAUUUAUCUUUCUUUUCUUUACCUUAUAUUCCGUGUUUAGGGUUUGAUGCUUUCGGCCAGUUUAAAUGUUAUAUGUGGGGUAAAAAUUGUGAUGUCUGUAUACAGUUUGAAGAAGAUUAUAUCUAAAUGAUUGGUGAUAACACAUUAUCUAUGUGCACUUCUUUAUUACCCACACAUUUUAUAUUCUGGGUAUAACGGUUUGGUCUACCUUACAUGUUAUGCAUGUUUAUAGUGAACUUUAUAAGUAACAACUUAGUGAUUGCGUGGUUUUUAACUAUCAUGUUUUGCAGAGAGGGAAGAACACGCCUGUAGCAGGGACUACUUCUUCUUCAGAUAGAGUGAAAUCUUGGAUCAAAUGUGGCUGCAGUUUCCUAGAACAAGUACUCGACUCUGCUCAGAAAAUCUCCUCCAAGAUUUUAACUAGUGAAAAUCGAAAAGCGGUUAUUGAUAUAUUGAACGGAAUAGAUAAGAUUCAUUGGAUUGUAGUGGGACUCGGAGCUCUGGCCUACGUGUUGGAUCAAAUAGACAAAGACUACUCCAAUUGGACUGAAUGCAUCCAAGUUUUGCGUUAUAUGUGUGGCUUGGCUGAACAAAUCAAGCUCCUGGAUGAACAUGAUUUUAACAAAGAAAAGUUAAUAGACGUGGUUGCAUUCAUUGUAAAUGGAUCUUACUUCUGUAUUUCGAAAAUAAAAUCUAAAAGUCUCUCUCGAAAGCUCUCUAGGUUUUUACAUGCAUCAUCAAAUACAGAGAAGUUAAAGAGCUUUAAAGACCGAUUGUUCCAGAUUUAUUUAGAUCUUGCAUUGGAUGGUAUAAUAAGAAUACUAUAUCGAAACGUCAGUCUCCCUCCUUCAAUGGGAGAAGAUCCCAAAGCAGUUGGCAUCGAGGUUGCACGAAAUGAAGUAGUCACGUUACUUGACCUGAAGGAUGACUCAAUAAGAAGUGUGGUGCUGUAUGGACUUGGGGGCAUAGGGAAGACAACCCUCGCAACCGAUGUCGUCUACUUUCUCCGUCACGAACUCAGAGCCUACAAAUACUGCAGAAUCAUUAUUGAAAAUAACUGUUCAGAGUUUCAUGUUAAAAAGCUGCAAGGUCAGAUUUUAAAGGACUUGUUUAGUUCAAGCAUUCAGCUAAGGGAUAGUAAAGAGGGCGAAGAACGUCUAUUCGAAUUGUUUAGAGAAGCAACCUCUCAGCCUGUCUUUUUGUUUAUAGACAAUGUUUUGUGUACAGACAAUAUUUUGAGAGAAAGUGUUCUUGGCAAACUUCUUCCAAAGGACCUUUCUUGCCUUCCAAAUCGAAGCAGGAUACUGAUAACCACAAGAAAGCUAGAUGAUACUGACAUGAUCGAAGAGGGAGGCGUCAAGCGCUGCGCAUAUAGAGUAAAAUCUCUUUCAGACGCAGCAUCAGAAGAGCUUCUCCAUCGCAAGGCUUCUGUCAGUGCUGACAUUGUUUUUGACAAAAGCUUAGAUAUUCACGGUCUUGUGAAAAUAUGCGGCGGCGUGCCUCAUGUGUUGAAUGUGGCAGGCACCAAAUUGCGUAAUAUGCGUAAAAAACACGGCGAUGUUGGCGCUUAUCAAGCGACUAUUGACUUUUUGAACCAAACCCUAGUGAUAGGAGAGGGUAAUUUGACUACAAGUGUUGUUGAUGUGGUCUACAACGCUCUGGGACAAGAUUUCCAAGAUGCAUUUCUAGAUAUAGCAGCAUUUUUUAAUAAGCAGGGUGAACAGUUGGUGGGUUACAUUGUUGGAGAAGUGGCGCUUCAAGCCAUAAAAGAGGCAGCCCUGGUAAAGAUUACUGAAGAGGGGAAAGUGAUUGUAGACGAUAUUGUUGAAGCACGAGGAAGAAAGUUGUCAGAAGACGACAGAAUAACUGACGACAGUAAUCUCCGACGUGUACUAGGUUCUGAACGUAAGAAGCUUGAAAAACUGAAAGGGAUAUGGCCUCGUCCUGAUCAUGAUUCGAGCGGAUUUCAGCUUGAAGCAGAGCAUUUGAAAUUGAUGCGGGGAUUAAGAGUUUUGCAUCUAAGCGAAAGAAGUAAAUUGGAUGGAGAAGGCAUAAAUACCUUUAAAAAACUAAGGUUGCUGCGCAUGAACGGCGAUUUCAGAAUGGAACAUUCAAAUCUUGAAAAUCUGGCAGUUCUAGAAGCAUACUUCAGAAACUGCGAUGAGACUUGCUUGCCAGAUUACUUCGAGCAUCUCUCCUCAUUGAAAAUGCUUAGUUUAACGGGGAGCAGAUUAAGUUGCCUUCCAGUCAGUUUUGGCCAGCUUACUCGUUUGGAAGAGUUGAAUAUAAGUAAUUGUAAGCAACUGUCUACACUUCCUGAUGGAUUCGGUCAGCUCAAUUCUCUCACGUACCUGGACAUGUCGGGGUGCUCUAAUCUGGAGAUGGUUUCUGCUGAUUUUGAACAGCUGUCCUCUGUAUGUUCAGUGGAUGCAUCAUAUUGUCCAAUAUUAGAUGGCAAGGCAAUGGACAAGCUUGUUGAGAUGAAGAGGCUGCAAGUGUUGAAUAUCCAGGAAAGCCCUAUGUUGGUGAAUAGGUGGAGAGAAGUAGAAAACAGACACGCGUUGAUCGUGCAGGACAGGGAAAGCAGAUUGCACGAACAUUCCCUGUCCAGGUUAUUUUUUCAUAGAGAGAGCAGAUUCCUGUUUGUUUAUGGUGGUUCACAGUUAUCUGAGGGGUCACCCGGCCCAGGACAAGUGGCAUUUGUAUUGAGCAUGUGUGAUCUGUCUUGGCCUUCAAAUAAGGCAACCUUGAAGUUGGUGAAACAGAAAAUUAAAGAGCUGGCUUCCGCGGGAAUUCAAAUUGUGUACGUGCGUGUGACGCCAAUGCUGAAGCAAAAUAUGGAAGACAUCCACCAAAGUCUUGUACCCUUACAUCUUGGCACUCCUGCAUGGAUCGCUUCUGACGAGAAAUGGAAUAUCUUAGCAGGAUAUUCUAUUUUCAAAUCCUUGUCGGGUCCCGAUGGACCAUUGCAGGUGUCAAAUCUUCAUACUCUUAUUGCCUGCGCAACCGUAUCGGUUAAAAACUAUGUCAAUGAUAUAGAGCUGACAUAUCCGCUGCCUGACGAUAUUGAAAGAUUGAAAGAUCUGGAUGGUGGUUUAAGUAGGCUAUUCUUUCCUAUUAUGCAAAUGAUGGAAAACGUUGGUCAAGUUCGAGAGGAUAGCUAGGGGAUUGCCACAUGGAGGUUCAUGCUUUGGAGAAAGUUUGUGAGUUGUGUGCAGGAAGAAGAUUAUUUAUGCUAUGGGUUCAAUGGUUUUGGUUUUCUUUUGAAUAAAGGGAGAAUUGGUCACUUUUCUUGGAAGUCGGUUCUUUAUGUGUAUCAAAUUGUAUGCCUAACUUGAAAAUUUUAUUCCAUCUCUUAUACCUCAUAUUCCUCAUGAGUGGAAUGUUGUUGUUGAUUGUUUGGCUAAAUAGACUUCUGUUGUCAAUUGUAGCUGGAAUCUUAUGGAUUGAGAAUCUCUUUCUUCAACUCGUAGCUCACAACUUCUUUCACU